CUCCGGUUGUUGUGAUUAUUCUUGGCCCGUUCGGUUGGUGCCGACAUCAUAUCCCAAAGGACAUUUCUCCAAACCGACCUGACCAGGACGGACCGGUGCACACCAGGUUCGACCGGGCAUACUUACUUUCGAGCCAAUCGAAUUUUUCAAGUGAAGAAACUCGAACGGGAAAGGACCUCAAUUCCGAAACGAAUUGAAACAUUGUGUUUCGUGCGGUUUAGUAGUUCUUUCCACAUCGUCCAUUCUCAACUGGCUCCAUGGAUUUUCUCCGCCAUUACUUCCAUUAUUAUAAAUAAACAGGACCAAAGUGCAGCAACGGUCAGUGUACGACUUUGUUGUGGCCAUACAAAUAGACCGCUACCCAUGGAACACUCAAGUACGGCAUAAAAACUGGGAGCAUUAGUUUCGCGUAAAUUUCUGUCGUUCAGGAUAUAUUCAGGACUCGAGUGGAAAUCUAAUAAGAGAGGCAUAAAUAAAGUCAGUUGUAUUUUAAAAAGAGCUGGAAAUUUAUGGUCCAACUGUGCACAGGGACAGGAUUGCAUCCUAUGUGCAAGAAAGUGCGAUAAAGUUUUCGUAAAAGUAUCCUGACAGUGAGAGCUUGCUCCUUUGCCGUGAUUUUUUUUGUACUGUGAUUUGAAAGUGUGUACGGGAAAGGACUCUAACGCUCCUUAUCAGUUGCCCUUAUUAAACAUUUCAAAUUGUUUACUUCUCAACCCGACACGAUACGCUCCUUGUCCGUAUUAAGCCACUAUCAGCCGAUAUCUUGCAGGUGCGACUUCCGUGCUGUGCUGUUCUCGCCUAGAAAAUUGGCGAAGGGACGAACCAUAAAUCGCUCCAAUUACGCUUUUCUUGCGAUUUUUCCACAGUCAUUCAGAUUACAACCGAUAAAAGUCUUUAGUACUUUUCAAAAGAAAUUAGGAGGUCAAUAUCUAGUGGGGAGAGAGUGGUCGAAGACAACUAGAGCUGGCCGGACAACUGACCAACUAGCCGACCCCCUAAGGCUCUCUAGCAGCUUUUUCCUACCAAUAAAGCAAUGUCGAAUGAGGUUACAACACCUGAUGCAAUGGACGAACGAAUAUCACCAACACGUGCCAGUGCCGUUACACCUCUCGAGGGAAACGCAUCACAUCUGGGCGCUAAUGGUACCGCAGGAGGCGGUGGCGGUAACGGGAGUGGUGGAGGCGGUGGCGGUUCAAACGAUAAUAAAGACGAUUCCCUAGAUAUCAGUCAGACAAACGGACGUGGCGGUGGACCAAGUGACGACGAAUACGACGAUCAGGACUACGACAAUUCCGGUGGACCGGGCGCUAUUGUGCCGAUAGUGGGUGGAAGCGGAGGACCAGGUGUUACUGCAGGCUUUUGGGGAGGACCGCCGAGUACUCGUGUCGGAGCGCAUAGUCGCGGUGCAAGUCCGCCAAGUGUAAUGGACAAUAUGAGUGAAAUAAGCGCAUCGCAGGGCCCAGUACCGAUGCAACGGUCAAAAUCGCGGCCAGAACUAGCCACUGGCGGAGCAACGGGUGGUGCCACCAGUCGAUAUUCUAACCUUUCCUACUGGAAAGCAAGACGCUGCAUUUUCUACCGUAACGGUGACCCAUUUUUUCCUGGUGUUGAGUUCCGCUUUAGACCUGGUCGUGAUGUUACUUCACUGGAAGGACUUUUGGACAAAAUUUCACCAAAAAUCGAUUUGCCGCGUGGUGCACGCUAUGUUUUUUCCAUGGACGGUGAUCGAAAAUAUACACUGGACGAGCUGGAAGACGGAGCCUCAUAUGUGGUAUCUUCCUUCAAAUCAUUCAAGCCUGCCAGCUACGGAAAGAAGAACGGUAUGUGGUAUACAUCACCUGGAAAUCAGGGAUGGGGUUCUAAACAAUUGAGUCGCAAGCCAUCGAUUAUGGAAGCUGAUCUAGGAACAUUGUCUACUACAUCUGGAUCAAUAAAGCGCAGCGCCGGUAGAGUCAUAAGGAUUAUCAAUAAUUUAGAUCAUACUAUACAGUGCCGUGUUCUCUUAAAUUUACGCACAUCACAACCAUUUGAAGAAGUUCUGGAAGAUUUAGGCCAAGUCCUCAAAAUAACAGGAGCCAAAAAGAUGUACACAGGAACUGGCCAAGAGGUUCGAAGCUUUUCACAACUUCGCAAUGAAUUCGCCGAUAUUGAUACUUUCUACUUAGCAACGGGCCCAUCAAUGGUAGUUGCUAGUUCACCGAUUCGUCGAUCUCGUUCACGAGGUGCUCUUACAGCUCCUAUAGUUCAGGAUGAUCUAUCAAAGGUGUCACCCAGACAACGUGCUCGCAGCAAAAGCCGACCCAGAAUUCUUUACGCUCCGGAAAGCGAGAUUGUCCGUCCUAGCGGCGAAUAUUCCGUCCUGGACGUUAUGAAAGAGGAACCGACAAAAGUAUCUAUUCGUGGGUUAAGACGAACUUUUUAUCCACCAAUUCAUCAUCCACCAGCUGAUAAUUCACCACCGGACAAGAAAUUGGCUUUGGCAUGGGUGCAUGGAUAUCGUGGAAUCGAUGCAAGACGUAACCUUUGGGUACUUCCGUCCGGAGAGCUUUUAUAUUAUGUUGCUGCGGUGGCUGUUAUGUUCGACCGAGACGAGGAAGCACAAAGGCAUUACACAGGACAUACAGAGGACAUUAUGUGCAUGGAUGUACAUCCUUCGCGAGAACUUGUUGCAUCAGGUCAACGAGCCGGAAAGGAUAGAAAGUCUCAGGCACAUGUACGAAUCUGGAGCACAGACUCCCUACAAACUCUCUAUGUGUUCGGAAUGGGUGAACUUGACACCGGCGUUAUGGCAGUUGCAUUUUCGCAAUUGAAUGGUGGGAGCUACAUUCUCGCAGUGGAUGCAGGCCGCGAAAGUAUCCUCUCCGUAUGGCAGUGGCAGUGGGGACAUCUUCUCGGAAAAGUCGCUACUCUACAAGAAGGACUGACCGGGGCCGCAUUCCAUCCACUUGACGACAAUCUGAUAAUUACCCACGGGAGAGGUCAUUUAGCAUUCUGGCACCGUCGUAAAGAUGGAUUCUUCGAAAGGACCGAUAUUGUUAAGCCACCGUCACGAACCCAUGUCACAAGCGUUCAAUUCGAGCCCGACGGGGACGUUAUAACGGCCGACAGUGACGGUUUUAUCACUAUUUAUAGUGUGGACUCUGAUGGUGCCUAUUUUGUACGAAUGGAGUUCGAGGCCCAUAACAAAGGAAUUGGUUGUUUGAUUAUGCUCUCAGAAGGUACAUUGCUGUCAGGUGGUGAAAAGGACCGGAAAAUUGCCGCAUGGGAUUCAUUGCAGAACUAUAAACGGAUCACAGAUACAAAGCUGCCAGAAUCAGCCGGUGGUGUACGUACCAUUUACCCGCAACGUCCUGGUCGUAACGAUGGAAAUAUCUACGUGGGUACAACACGUAAUAAUAUCCUGGAAGGGUCUCUGCAGCGACGAUUCAAUCAAGUUGUAUUCGGCCACGGACGCCAAUUGUGGGGUCUAGCGGCACAUCCCGAGGACGAAAUCUUUGCCACUGCCGGUCAUGACAAGCACAUUGCUCUGUGGCGAAAGCAGAAACUUCUGUGGACAAUGCAAUCAGGUUACGAGUGUGUUUCUUUAGCUUUCCAUCCGUUCGGACAGGCCUUGGCGGCGGGCAGUACAGAAGGACAUUUGCUUGUAAUCAAUUCGGAAAAUGGGGCAGCAAUGUUGACGUUACGAGUCUGUGGAUCACCUCUGAACUGCAUUGCGUACAAUCAAGUCGGCGAUAUGAUUGCGAUGGGCUCACAAAACGGUAGCAUCUAUCUAUUCCGUGUCUCUCGCGAUGGUUUCUCCUACAAAAAAGUGAAUAAAAUUCGAGGCUCGCAACCUUUGACUCAUCUUGAUUGGAGUGCAGAUGGAAACUUUUUACAAACAGUCACAAUCGAUUUCGAUUUGCUCUUCUGGGAUGCAAAGUCCUUGUCACCGGAACGCAGCCCGAUAGCAAUGAAGGAUGUCAAGUGGUUGACGCACAACUGCACAGUUGGUUAUUUGGUGGCUGGAAUGUGGAACAAUCGGUACUACACAUCGAAUUCCACGAUAAUUGCUACAUGCUCCCGAUCAUCCGUUCAGGACCUUCUCAUAUCCGGCGAUGCAGAUGGAUACUUGCGCCUGUACAGGUAUCCUUGUAUAACACCCCGCGGGGAAUACCACGAGGCCAAGGUUUAUUCAGGGAUGCUGGCCUGUGCACGUUUCCUCUAUGGUGACCGGACCAUCGUCACCGUUGGGGGCACUGAUGCCUCUCUCAUGGUUUGGGAACUUAUUGAAGAAUAGCCAAUAUGGCCACCGUGGCAAAAAACUGCAGCUCGCCGUUCCUCCAACUACAAUACGCGUUACGACGAUUAUUAUUAUCGCCGGCCAAGCAUAUCAUCGGUGGCUGACAGUGAGUCAGUUGAUGUUUAACAUUUAGAGAAAAUUUUCUGAGAAAUUUUAAUGAAAACCAAACGGAUAGUAACAAUUUUUUCGAAAGAGAUGGAUUUUGAGCGCACAUCUGUUUUUAUAUCUAAACUAGAGAGCAAAUGAUUGCAAUAGCUGCAGGACCUUAGUCCGAAACGGAACAAUUUCAAUAGACUCAGGAUUAUAGUGAGUGUUCUCUGAAUGCAAACAGGCCGAGGCGAAUAUCCUCGUCCUUUGGGAGAACUGCUAGAUAUAGAUUGAGAAUUGGGAUUUUUUUCAACAGAAAUUGCAAAGAACUGCCUUAGUCCUCGAAGUAAAGAAACAAUAACAGCCGAAUCAAAACUGAACCACAAAAACUGUCUCAUAGUUGGGAAACGCCACAGUGGCCUAGAAACUUCCUCUUUUUGACUACAACUGGAAAUAAACUGGAACUUUGACAAACUAUCAACGCUAAUCACCCGAAACCCAUAUAGGAGUAAUAGCCAACCAUCUACCGCCCAUUCUUCCAUCCAGAUCUCACCACAAUAUCCGACCGCCACCCAUCCAUCCAGCCCAGACCAUUAUGGACUACCCAAGCAAAAAUCAACUAACUAUGAAGUGUUCAUCGAUUUUUUGCAAAAUCAUUAGAUAAAAUUCGAGAAAUUUUCAACAAAGUGAAAUCACCACUUCCAAAGUAAUUACAAAAAAAAAAAUGAAAACUAAUUGUUCACCUUCACUUUUUUCACCUCACAUGUCUUCAAUGAAUUGAAUAAAAUCAUAGUUUUAACGUUGUAAGGAGAUUAAAAGAUAUUAAUCUAACAAAAUGGAGAAAAAAUCAAUCUUUUCAGAAUUUUAAAUUUUGUUUAAAUAAA